CACCAGCUUUCCGUGACAUUGAAAAUUCCCCCAGCUGCGUGUGGGGAAACGUCAAAAUCUCGUGUGUGUGCCAAAACGACAUGCAGAUCUGGUCAGGAGUACACUCUUGGUAACUCAGGGAUUGUCACAGCAUCAGAAUGUGCACAACGGGUCAGGAAACAGACGACGAAGAGGAGGUAACCGUGGAAAAGUGGCCAAUUGUCUUCUGCCGUGAGUACAAUGUGAGAUUCUGUGGCAUUGAGAAGCUCGUGAGUACCAAUACAGCUGCUGCCAAGGGUGAUGGGAUCUUCCGGAAGCUCCGUGAGGUAGAUUUCCUCCACGAUGGCACCAUUCAUCGUCCCCGGAGGGAGAUAUCGCGGCAGGAACUGAAGGUGGUGCACACAAAGAGGUACCUGCGGAGUUUGCGAUGGAGUGUUAAUGUGGCAAAGAUAACCGAAGUGCCAAUUUUGCUGUUUCUGCCAAUUUUCUGCAUUGAACGCGGCUACCUGCGUCCGAUGCGCUACCAGACAGCUGGGAGCCUCCUUGCUGGUGACUUGGCAUUGAGCCAUGGGUGGGCAAUUAACCUCGGUGGGGGAUUUCAUCAUUGCAGCAGCGACAGGGGUGGUGGUUUCUGCGCCUAUGCCGACAUCACCCUCCUCAUUCGGCACCUCCUUGAGCAUCCUCGUGGCAUACGUCGUGUGAUGAUUGUGGACCUGGAUGCGCAUCAAGGAAAUGGCCAUGAGAGGGAUUUUAUGGAUGACGACAGAGUCUUCAUAAUGGACAUGUACAACGCAAGUAUCUACCCACGAGAUAAGGAAGCCAAAGUAGCCAUCCGGCGAAAGGUCGAACUUCGCCCCUUCACCGCCGAUCGCGAAUAUCUCCACAAAUUGCGCACCAAUCUCGAUGCUGCUCUCGCUGAAUUCCCUCCUGAAGUGAUAAUCUACAAUGCUGGCACCGACAUCCUCGAUGGGGACCCCCUGGGGGCACUUGCAGUCUCCCCCAAUGGGGUAAUUCAGCGCGAUGAGGAAGUCUUCAGGCGUGCCAUUGCCACCAAAAUUCCCAUUGUGAUGCUCCUAAGUGGCGGAUACUUACGCUCAGCUGCCUCCGUGAUUGCCAAUUCCAUUCUCAACCUCAGCGCUCAGGGACUCCUCCCUAGGCGUCACUAAAAGAGCCUCCCUACCUCCCUGCCCCUUACCUCUAACCCCAAGAGCUCCCAGUGUGCCCAAAUAAAAGAGAAAACUAUAUUAUAUAUUUCCUUUCAAUGUGCAAUAAAUAUUUUACUUAAAUAUUGUCA